GAAUCCGCUUUUGAAUUUGCAAACCCGCCAUUGAAUCACACACUCCCUCCCCUUUUUUAACGGUCUCUCCUUCUCUCCGCCCGAAGGAAAAACUAAGGAAAGCAGAUUUGUUUGCUUCUUGCAGCUGGUUUGAGGGGAAAUGUCCUCGUUUGUUUCUCGAGAAUCUGAUCCAAGUGGGAGACAAUUUUAUUGCCGCAAAGAGAAAUCUUUAGGAGUUUUGUGCACCAAUUUCUUGACAUUAUAUAAUAAGGAUGGUGUUGACUCGAUUGGACUAGAUGAUGCUGCUGCCAGAUUAGGAGUUGAAAGGCGCCGCAUUUACGACGUGGUCAAUAUAUUGGAGAGUGUUGGGGUGGUAGCAAGAAAACAGAAGAAUCAAUACUCGUGGAAAGGUUUCGAAGCAAUUCCCCGUGCUCUGGAGGAUCUCAAGGAAGAGGGUUUUAGGGAAAAUUUUACUGUUUUCGGCUCCUGCAGCUCAGAAAAGGUUGCCAAUGAGAAUGAAAAUGAAGAAUCUUCUAGUUCAAGAACUGACGGGCAAGAUAAUUCUUCAGCAACAUCAAAAUCUGAGAACAAAAGAGAGAAAUCACUAUGGCUUCUCACACAGAAUUUUGUCAAGCUUUUCCUUUGUACAGAUGUAGAAAUGAUCACACUUGAUAAUGCUGCAAUGUCAUUGCUAGGCAAUGCUCACAAUUCGACAGCUAUGCGAACAAAAGUUAGAAGAUUGUAUGAUAUAGCAAAUGUUUUUUCUUCUAUGAAUCUGAUUGAGAAGACACAUCACCCAGAUAGCAGGAAACCAGCCUUUAGGUGGUUGGGCUGGACAGGAAACAAUGGAUCCGUGAGUUUGGAUAAGAAAGAGCCAAGGAAAAGGACUUUUGGUACUGAGAUUACAAACUACAUUACAAAGCGAAACAAAGUGGAUUCUUUGAUUGAUUGGGACUCAAAUCCAAAGAAGGAAAAUGUUCCAGUGAUUAUUAGAUGCAACAGUUUGGAAAAUGAUUGCAAUGAGAACAAAUUGAAGCUGCAUACAAAACACAGCUCGAAGAGUUUUGAAUUUGGCCCUUUUACUCCUGUAGAUACUUCUAUAACAAGUGAUUCUGGAAAAAAAAUCGCGAGUCGUAUUCAGGACAUGGAGAGCCUCACUUCUACUUAUUAUCCUCAAUAUCAUAAUCGAGCUCUUAGCGAUCUUUUUGGCCAUUAUAUGGAAGCUUGGAAAUCGUGGUAUGUUGAAGUUGCUGGGAAAGAGAAGACAACGAAAGGAUCCUGAUGCCCUUAUCCAUGGUUUUUACUCCAGAUGACCUUGUGCACAAAAUCAAAACGUCAGUACAUCUUCUUUUGUUUUCAUUUUUUUUUCCGAUUCUUUAGUUAUAGAGGUUUUUAGGGCUUUUUUUGUUGGAUGCAUUAUCUUGAUGCACCAACUGGAUUAGGUAGUCUUCCAUAUUAACCCUCUGAUUAUGAAUUUGGAAACAAGAACGUGAAAUAAAUUCUUAUAUGAGAAGGGUGAUUGGCUGACUUGUUUCCAUACAUAACUACACGUUAUAAGAAAAUUAUCAUCAUUUCUUUC